UUCCUGGGAACGAGAUGCGGAAGUGCUUCUUUCAACUUUGGGCUUGACUUUGUGCCUUGUGCGUUCCCCGUCUCCUGCGAACCUCGUGUCUCGUGCGAGCUGCUUGACUUACUAGUACUAUCGAGAGAAUGGGGCGUCUAGCGUGGAUCAGUCUUGUGGUAGUGUUGGCAGCGGUGGGGACUGGAGUCUACUGGAGCUACGAUGACUUCGAUCCAGAAUCUCUGCGGGGGGCAACUGUUGUCAUCACGGGCUGCAGUACCGGUAUCGGCGAAGAGAUGGCGUACCAGUACGCCCGGCUGGGAGCAAAGAUCCUCAUCACAGCCAGGAGGGAGAACAGGCUGAAGGAGGUGGUAGCGAAGGCUGUGUCUCUGGGAGCCCAGGAGGCGCACUACGUGGCCGGGGACAUGGGGAAGGCGGAGGAUUGUGAGAGAACCAUUCAAACAGCCAAGGAGAAAUUCGGACGUCUUGACUAUCUAGUCCUGAACCACGACGGGUCAAGUGUCAAAAACCUUCACGAGAAGUUCGGCAAGGAAGAGUCUUGGGACGACGACCCUGACAUGGACUUCUUCGUGGACUACUUGAAGAUCAACCUGGUCAGUUACGUGCGGCUGGCCUCGCUGGCCCUGCCUCUGCUGAAGGAGAGUAGCGGGCAUGUUGUGGUCAUGUCGGGUAUUCAUGGAAAAGUUCCGUUUCCCACCCUGGCCUGGGGCGCAGCGGUGAAGUUCGGCCUGGACGGGUUCUUCAGCUCGCUCCGUGUGGAACUGAUAAAGGCGGGGCAGGACGUGUCCGUCACUCUCGCCCUGGUGGGGUUCAUACGUACACCGAUGGCAGAGAAAAUGUAUGAGAAUAAGGAGGGUGGACAGGCGAUGCUCGACAUGGCCGCGCCCAUGGACCAGACAGUCCAGGCCAUCAUCCACGCUGGAGCGACCCGCGCCCGCGAGGUCUACUACCCGGCAGGGAUGGUUUGGACCUUCGCGAAACUCAGGGCCUUCGCUCCUGGCCUUGUGGACAUCCUUCUAACAAAGAUGGAAAUGUAAAAUUUGCUGCUUUUUAGCCUCUACCAGGCUCUGUGGACUGCUGGACAAAUAGUUGACGUUGACCAAAUAGAGCGAGUAGUAAGUAAUAGUAUGCAAGAGAAGUCGGACGGAACACCUGUUCUACACUGUCCUUAGGGUCCAAUAGGCAAUUUUGGAGUUUGCAUUUCCUUGGAUCACAAAGGCUACUUACAUCGCAGAGGGAUGUACUUCAUUUCUGCCAACAUCUGAACAUGUUCUAACAUUUAACGCUUUUGUGCACCAUUUUGAAGGCCUUUUUCAAAAGGGUAUCACGCAUGUUUGAGCAUGUUAACAGAAAUGAUGAAUGUGAUCAUCCCUGCUCCUAAUGCUGAAAACACUGUCCCUGGUGCUGAAAACGCCAUCCCUGUCCCUAGUGCUGAAAACACCAUCCUUGUCUCUGGUAUUGGACGUAUGGCUGUCCGACUUUGCUAGCAUACUAUUCACUCUUUUUGGCCAGUUUCUACUAUUUGUCCAGCGAUCCAUGGAGCCUGGCAUAGGCUAGCUACUUCCACCAAGGGGCUUUCAACUUUUAACUCACAGACAGUUUGUAAAGUUUAUGAGUAAACUUUGAGCAUUACACAU